ACCCCGUCCGAGGCGAAUGGAGCCCCCCAGCCACGAGGGAGCGAGAUGAAGGGAAAUCCUGCAGUGGAAUGAGAGCUCUCCAUCUAGGUCCUCGCAUCUGCCAUUUGUCCUUUCAAACUGCAUUGUAAUCCGGGCAGGAUAAAUCAGACGGAGGGACGAGCAGCCUCCUGGCCGGAUUUCUCCGCCCGAAUAUACUUUCCAGAUUUCUUUUCUUGGCCCUCCUGCUUCUCGACUGGCCCAGGGAUGACUUCCUCGCUGCAGAGACCCUGUCGGGUGCCCUGGCUCCUGUGGGCCGCCCUGCUGGUCAGCACUACGGCUGCUUCCCAGAAUCAAGAAAGGCUGUGUGCGUUUAAAGACCCGUAUCAACAAGACCUUGGGAUAGGUGAGAGCAGAAUCUCUCACGAAAACGGGACAAUACUGUGCUCCAAAGGGAGCACGUGCUAUGGUCUGUGGGAGAAGUCAAAAGGGGACAUCAACCUCGUGAAGCAAGGAUGUUGGUCUCACAUUGGUGAUCCCCAAGAGUGUCACUAUGAAGAAUGUGUAGUAACUACCACCCCACCCUCUAUUCAGAAUGGAACAUACCGUUUUUGCUGCUGUAGUACAGAUUUAUGUAAUGUCAACUUUACUGAGAAUUUUCCACCUCCUGAUACAACACCACUCAGUCCACCUCAUUCAUUUAAUCGAGAUGAGACAAUAAUCAUUGCUUUGGCAUCAGUCUCUGUAUUAGCUGUUUUGAUAGUCGCCUUAUGUUUUGGAUACAGAAUGUUGACAGGAGACCGAAAACAAGGUCUUCACAGUAUGAACAUGAUGGAAGCAGCCGCGUCGGAGCCUUCUCUGGACUUGGACAAUCUGAAGCUGCUGGAGCUAAUUGGACGGGGUCGCUACGGAGCAGUAUAUAAAGGUUCCUUGGAUGAGCGUCCAGUUGCUGUGAAAGUAUUUUCUUUUGCAAACCGUCAGAAUUUUAUAAAUGAAAAGAACAUUUACAGAGUGCCUUUGAUGGAGCAUGACAACAUUGCCCGCUUUAUAGUUGGAGAUGAGAGACUCACUGCAGAUGGCCGCAUGGAGUAUUUGCUUGUGAUGGAGUACUAUCCCAACGGAUCUCUGUGCAAAUAUUUGAGUCUCCAUACAAGUGACUGGGUAAGCUCUUGCCGUCUGGCUCAUUCUGUGACAAGAGGAUUAGCUUAUCUUCACACAGAACUACCACGAGGAGAUCAUUAUAAACCUGCAAUUUCCCAUCGAGAUUUAAACAGCAGAAAUGUGCUGGUGAAAAACGAUGGCACGUGUGUCAUCAGUGACUUUGGUCUGUCCAUGAGGCUGACUGGAAACAGACUGGUGCGCCCAGGGGAAGAAGAGAAUGCGGCUAUAAGUGAGGUUGGCACAAUUCGCUAUAUGGCACCGGAAGUGCUAGAAGGAGCUGUGAACCUGAGGGACUGUGAGUCAGCUCUGAAGCAAGUAGACAUGUAUGCGCUUGGCCUCAUCUACUGGGAGGUGUUUAUGAGAUGUACGGACCUCUUCCCAGGUGAAUCUGUCCCAGAACACCAGAUGGCUUUUCAGACGGAAGUUGGCAACCACCCCACUUUUGAGGAUAUGCAGGUUCUUGUGUCGAGAGAAAAGCAGAGACCCAAGUUCCCUGAAGCCUGGAAAGAAAACAGCUUGGCGGUGAGAUCACUCAAGGAAACAAUUGAAGACUGUUGGGACCAGGAUGCAGAGGCUCGGCUCACUGCGCAGUGUGCUGAGGAGAGAAUGGCUGAACUUAUGAUGAUAUGGGAGAGAAACAAGUCUGUGAGCCCAACGGUCAACCCGAUGUCCACCGCCAUGCAGAAUGAGCGCAACCUGUCACACAAUAGGCGUGUGCCAAAAAUGGGGCCUUAUCCAGAUUAUUCUUCUUCCUCAUACAUUGAAGACUCCAUCCAUCACACUGACAGCAUUGUGAAGAAUAUUUCCUCUGAGCACUCGAUGUCCAGCACACCUUUGGCCGUAGGAGAAAAAAACCGGAACUCCAUUAAUUACGAACGGCAGCAAGCACAAGCUCGAAUCCCCAGCCCUGAGACAAGCGUCACCAGCCUGUCCACAAACACCACCACCACAAACACCACUGGCCUCACGCCAAGUACCGGCAUGACCACCAUAUCUGAGAUGCCGUACCCAGACGAAGCAAGUCUGCACGCCACAAAUGUCGCACAGUCCCUUGGGCCAACCCCUGUCUGCUUACAGCUGACAGAAGAAGACCUGGAGACCAAUAAGCUGGACCCAAAAGAAGUUGAUAAGAACCUCAAGGAAAGCUCUGACGAGAACCUCAUGGAGCAUUCGCUCAAGCAGUUCAGCGGGCCAGACCCCCUGAGCAGUACGAGUUCUAGCCUGCUUUAUCCGCUCAUAAAGCUUGCCGUGGAGGUCACUGGGCAGCAGGACUUCACACAGGCUGCUAACGGCCGAGCGUGUUUAAUCCCCGAUGUCCCACCUGCUCAGAUCUAUCCUCUCCCCAAGCAACAGAACCUUCCUAAGAGACCUACUAGUUUGCCUUUGAACACCAAAAAUUCAACAAAAGAACCCCGGCUAAAAUUUGGCAAUAAGCACAAAUCCAACUUGAAACAAGUAGAAACUGGAGUUGCCAAGAUGAAUACAAUCAAUGCAGCGGAACCUCACGUGGUGACCGUCACCAUGAAUGGUGUGGCAGGUAGAAGCCACAGUGUUAAUUCCCACGCUGCCACAACCCCGUAUGCCAACGGGGCAGUGCCAUCCGGCCAGGCAGCCAACGUAGCGGCGCACAGGGCUCAAGAAAUGCUGCAGAAUCAGUUCGUCGGCGAGGACACCCGGCUGAACAUCAACUCCAGUCCUGACGAGCACGAACCGUUGCUGAGACGGGAGCAGCAAGCUGGCCAUGACGAGGGGGUUCUGGAUCGCUUAGUAGACAGGAGGGAACGGCCGCUAGAAGGUGGCCGAACUAAUUCCAAUAACAACAACAGCAAUCCGUGUUCAGAACAAGAUGUACUUACACAGGGUGUUACAAGCACAGCUCCAGAUCCUGGGCCAUCAAAGCCCAGAAGAGCACAGAGGCCCAAUUCUCUGGAUCUUUCAGCCACAAAUAUCCUGGAUGGUGGCAGUAUACAGAUAGGUGAGUCGACGCAAGACGGCAAAUCGGGAUCAGGUGAGAAGAUCAAGAGGCGCGUGAAAACGCCGUACUCUCUUAAGCGGUGGCGCCCCUCCACCUGGGUCAUCUCCACUGAACCCCUGGACUGGGAGGUCAACAACAGCAGCGACAGGGCCGUGCACUCCAAAUCGAGCACGGCUGUGUUCCUCGCCGAGGGGGGGGCCGCCACAACCAUGGUGUCUAAGGAUAUGGGGAUGGAUUGUCUGUGAGGCGUUGUCCAGCUCAUGGAGUGAAAUUAUUUUUUUGCAUCAUUUAACCGUGCAGAAGACAUUUAAAAACAAACUGCUUCACCCUGUCAGCCCCCUCCCACUCAUGCAGCAGGACUUGCUUGAAAUGGACUCAGCUAUGCAGACAUUUUAGCUUAUGCUUCCAUACUUUUUAAUUUUGUUUUUUAAGUUUUGCACUUUUGUUUAGUCUUGCGAAAGUUAUAUUUGUCUGUUAUGACCACAUUAUAUGUGUGCAUAUCAAAAGUGGUCUCAAAAUAUUUUUUUAAGAAAAAAGCAAAAACAAUGUAUUGCUGAUAAUCAGUUUGGACCAUUUUCUAGAGGUCAUUAAAACAGAAGCAGAUGAAGACAGGUUUGACUGCAGUGGUGUCUGGUACCCAUGUUUUAUUUCUGGGCACAAGCUAGUUUAUAUGUCGAUGUGUUUUGAACAUAUUGUCUGUUGGACAUUCUUCUCUCUUGUAUUUUAUUUGAAUGUGCAAUAGUCUUUAGACCACAAAGAAGUUCCUCACCGGCUCUCUUCCUAGCAGGGCACGCAUCUUCCACUGUGGAGACGUUUCCCUGUUCUUCGAUGAGAUGAACGGUCUCUUGCUUUCUCCUUGAAGAGAAUGCAUAGGCACCGUGCAGAGGCUCCAAGAAGGACUCCCACCCCCUUUCUGGGAUGCCGUUGUCUUUAUCCUCCAACCACAAAGUGUCUCCUUCCAGGCGGUUCAAUAAGCAUGUGGGUUCUGAUUUUGGAAGUUCUUAAGAGCGUAGAACAAAACAGAAGGAAGCAGAUAUUAGCCUUUCCAUUUUAUUUUUCUACAUGUAUUCAUGUUCCAUAUUCAUUUAUUUAAGAAAUACUUUUUAUCAGAAAAUUUAUAGAGCCAAACUUACAUGGAAUUUUUAAGUAAGUAGAUGGGCAAGGUGAUAGAGUGUAGGAACUUUGAUUUUCUGACCAUCACAAAUUAAAUUUCAUUCCCUAUUUAUAAUAACUUCAGAAAAAGUCAUAGUUUUGAAUUUAUAGUGUCUCUUAUUGUUUCCCAGCAAAGCCUGGCAGCUUUAUGUGAAAACGGUUCCUCUUCCCAUGACCUAAAACACUGUGUGGAAAGCUCAAGUCAACCAGCAUGCCCAGUCCUCGGAAGAAGGGCUUGCUGCCAGACUGGAGACUGUUGGGCAGACUAAGGUUGACCCUCUUCCCUCUGCUAACUGUCUUUGCUGAUCCUGUUUUCAUGCUUUCUCCUUUUACUGGCUCCAUGUGCUCUCCACCUUGGAGCAGCGUUUAGUGUUCCUGUUGUAGCCGAGCAUGCCCUCUAGUGACGGCACUGGAAGUCACUGUCACACUCCUUUGCUUCUGUCACUAAUGAUCUCUGAAACAGGCUCUGUGUCUUUCAGAAAAGCACUUUCUGUCAUUACGGGACUUUUCCCUAAACAUUGUUUCUCGCCAGUUUGCAAACAAAAAUUGUUCUCAUGUUUUCACAUUCUCAGAAUCCUUAAUAUCCACUAUCUAAUUAAGUUUUACAUUUUUGCAGGGGGAGAUACAAAAGUUAAGUAGAAGUCUCCAAACUCCUAAUUUCGGUCAGUUCUCAUGUCCUGAACCCCAUUUUCUCAUCUGUAAUCCUCCAGCCUUACCGUUGACUGAAGCCAGCCCACUUCCCCAUGUCCCAGAGCUGGUGACUUCUUGUCUGAGCCACCUCUGACCUGCCAUCUGCUCUGCUGCCCGGAUGUGACAGCAUUUAGAACAUUUAGUCAGCUGGAUUGCUGACUAUGGAGUUCUCAGUUCUUAGGAUUAAGAUUAGCUCAUUCGUGCCCAGGAUUCCCUUCUCCCUUUUGUGUUUUAUUGGCCCUUCUGGUGGUUCAGAUUGUUGUUUUUGUUUUUGUUUUUUUUUUUUUUUCAUGACAGGGUUUCUCUGUGUAGCCUUAGGUGUCUUGGAACUUGCUCUGCAGACCAGGCUAGCUUUGAACUCGGAUUCUUAAUAUAUAUUUUUGUCUUCUAGCAUACAGUUUCUUUCAGACAGUCACUGUUUUCUAGCUACGUAACAAAUAACUUGUGUCUUUCACUUAUUUCUCUUGUCCAAAUGGCUUUCAGAAGCAUUUCAGGAUUUUUGUUUUUCAGUUGUGGGACGUUAAAUCAGAAUAACAUAUUAUAUCCCUUCCAUCUCUAAUCUGAAGCAUUGAGAACAAACAACCCUGUGAGUCCAACUGUCUCUUCCAGUCAGAACACUGUCCUACAGGCAGACAUAGUUUGUAUUGGGGGCAGUCAACUGUGAAUUCUCCAACAGUCUUUAAUUUUAAUGAUUAUAAAAUGCUUUAAAAAUUAAUAUGCCAAAUUAAAAGAAACAAGUAUAGUUUUCCAUCUUAUGCAAAUAUAUUUAAAACAAAUAAUUCCUUUCACUGAUAUAUCGUAACUGCUUGAAAAAUAGGAAAGGUAGAAAGUAUAGGUCAUUUUAAUAAAUUUUGAAAACCAUAAUACACAGUACGCAGAAAUCCCUUUAAUAACUUCAAUUACUUGUUAGCUUUAUCUGAUUCUUGAAGCUGGCACUGAAUUGACCACAUUUCACAUUAAAAAAAAUUAUUUGGGGGCCUUUUGAAUAAAAGUCAUUCAGUUCAAAAAUGUUUCCCUGGACAAUAUUAUAGUCUUACUAGGACAUGAGAGUGUAGUGCCGUCCCCUUAAUGCCAGUUGUGGGGCUGGAGGACAGCAAGGCGGUGAAGAGUGCUUGUUGCUCUUACAGAGGACCAAGUCCACUUCACAGCAGCUCCGUGGCAACUCACGACUUUCCCUGAAUCCAGUUCCCUCUCUUGGCCUCCACUGACAUACGCAUAACCCCCCCCACACACACACAACAUACACAUAAUUAAAAAAAAAUCUUAAAAUCCUAAUUGUAUACCAGAACUAAGUAAUGGAAAGAACUUGAUUUGAAUUAUAUAUAGAAUAAAAUGAUUUAAAUUAAAACCUAAAAAGGAAUUUAAGUGUAUAAUUUGAAAAACACUUUUACUGUAGAAAUUUGUAAAAAGACAUAUACUGAAAACUGGCAUGUACAUACACUGUUUUUUUCAUCUUCAGAGCAACCAUAUUUUAAUUCAUACUCAUAUUUUACAGACAAGGAAACAAAAAUUAAGAGAAUUAAUUUGUCCAAGUUUACCUGGGGUAAAAUCCCAGGUCUGUUUCUGUACAUCUCUUUCAUCCACACACAUGGUUACAUUCUUUAUGGACAGAUGUGUAACGAACUGACAUUUGUACUCCAGCAGACUUUGUACUCCAGAUACCUUAAUGAUUUGAGAAGUUAGGUCAACACAACAAAGUCUGUAAUCAUUAUUGCUUAAAAGACAAUUACUAAUUCAAUACAAAAUUCAACUUACAUCUUAAAAUCACUUCGCUUAUCUUCUAAUAUUCUUACAUUGCAGAACUAAAGGCAAGGUAAAUUUUCAGAGAAAAGCGAAGGAAGCCGUGGGAGCAGACUCCUAAAGUGAUUCCAUACUAGAUUUGGAAACAGUAGUUAAAUAUACAUUUGCACUCUUCUAAACGCUUUGCCUCCAUCUUUAAAAUUUCUGCUUUAACAAUGUUAGAAAAACUGUUAAGCCAGAGAACCAAGUAAGAUGUAGGAAAAAUACAAGAUUAUACCCUUUUCAUAAGUCAGGUUGGUGUAGCUUCCUUCCAUGUGUGUAUGUUCCAGAAACUGUAUGUUGGUUCUGGAUGAGAAACCAGAGAAGGUACGCUGGAGUAGUCAGUCGGUGGGAGGGAAUUUUCACAAAUUUUGGCAGAUAUUUUUAUUUAAGAUAUUUUCAAGUUUGACUUCUAAAUCCCAAAGGAAUACCUGGUAGGCUGCAACUGUUACACUGCACAUUUAGUCUCUAUUAACUAGUCAUUUACAAUGGAAAAAAAUUCAAUAAACACUAGUUUCCUUUUUUCAUAUUUAUGGACAUGAAUAUUUCAUUGGGAGUCACUCACUAGUAUUUGAUAUUGUAUAAUAUUUUAUACCAUAUUUUAUAAGCCUGUGUUGACUUAGUACUGGUCAUGUGUAUGACUAUCCACAAGAUUUUUUAAAAAUAUAUGAUUGCUUUAUAUCCCAAACUCCUUAAAAGACAGAUUCUGAACGCGUGCUAGUUGAGGUCCUAGACCGCCAUUCUGGGAAGUGUGUAACACACCCACAGGACCCCAGGAAUCUCUUUUGGGCUAUGAUAAUUUUCAGUAUUCACACCCUUAACUAGCAGUGGGCUGUGGUGCUUCUGUUUUCCAGGAGAUAAAGUUGCAUUUUAACUUUUUUUUAAGAUUAUGAACUAUGCAAACUUUGUCCAAAAACUACCUUACAUGAUCCCUUCCUAACCGUGCUCAUUGGUUAUAUGAGUCUAGCCGGUUACCUCCUGAGCGAUGACUGUACACAAAGGCUGUUAUCAAGAGGAGGGUCUCCACAGGUGUCCACAGCAGCACCUGCUCUUCCUCUCCGUAACCCCUCGUGGUUUGUGCCGACUGUCCCUCCACUGACUGACUGGCAGUUGUGUGUCAGGAAAGUUUCCUUCAUGCCUCUUCCAUCUCUCUUGUUUGAUCUGAAGUGUCUCUCAUCCCUGAGAGGGAAAAGAGAAUAAAUGUUCCUCCUCUCCAGCGCUCUUUAGUCGGCUUCCAGCUUCUCAGUUAACACUUCAGUUCAUCAGAUAAAAUCGGUCCCCUUCCUAUAGGUCCUUUUCUCCUCAAAUCUAUUUUAAUUACUUUAUUUAUAUUUAAGAGCACAUAAAAUUCUAUGUUAUAUUCAAAUUAGUUGCUCCAGUUAAUUUAUAGCACAGUAGUUUGAUAGAAUUCAAAGUAAAGAUGUUACCAUUUGAUUUGGAUUUAAUCAUCAGACCACCCCAAAACCAGCACUUAAUUUUUGUAUUAUCUACAUUUUCUAUUGAAGUGUAUUUUAUGAUUUCAUGUCUGCACAGAUAUAACUAAGAAGCCAUGCAUAUGUAAUUGUGUAUCAUUUUCAUUACACUUUCACCUGUGUCGCAGGGAGUUUUGAGUGUCACAACUGAGCCACAACUAAUAUUAUACAUGUUUCUUCAUAUCAAAUACCGUAUUAAACACUAAAUGCAAAAUUAACUUUCAAAAGCAGACCCUACAAAAAUCAGGUAUUAUCCAUCGAUAUUUCUGUCUUUUUGUAGACCACUUUUGAGAUGCUUACCAUUGUUUUCACAGCAUAGGGUGGGUGGACUAAAACAAUUUUCAUUUAACUUUUAAGUGGUUAAAGUUGGGUCUACAUAGAGGGUAAAUCUGUAAGAUUUAUCUUGUGGCAUAUAGGUUUGAAAGUAAAUAUUUGAGAAGCUGUACUGUAUGUUAAAAUUAUACCCCAAAUAAAUCUAUUGAAUCUUUUUAAAAACUCCAAUUUUAUUAGUACUAUGAUGUUUGAGGUGUUUCUAAUGAACAUUGUAAAAAUGCACAUUCAUUUGUAAAACUUAGUUUGCAGCCCACAUUAAAAUCUGGAGCAGGAAGAAUCUUUAGAACUAAAUUGCUUCAUUAGGACGCCCAGUUUGUGACUGAAUUUCACGAUAAUUGACUGUACUUGAAAUUACAACUUGACUGUUUUUUCUUUUUAAAAGGUUCCCCCCCCCCUUUUUUUUAAUUUGUAUUUUCAAUUUCAGAAAUACCUUCCUGGUUUAUAAUCACUUUUAGACAUAGUAUUACUUAAAAACUCAGGGCGCCUUUUAUCUGUUUGUACACUGAAAACGUUCAGUUGAUAGCAAACAAGCAAUUAGAUCUAGUUGGAUAGUGAAAAGUGUUUGUUGCAUAGUGAUAUGUCAUCAUAUUAUUUGACUUAAUUCACAUCAACAUGAUGUUUGAUUUCAUUAAUCAUAAAAACUUGCCCAGUUCUGUAAUUACGGAAUAGAAGGAAUGACUCAACUCAUUGGCCACAUGUUCCAGCAGAUUUAAGCCUUGGCCUUACAGCGCCGGCUUACACACCUUCUGUUCUUGGUUGUGGUUGUACCUGAUGGAACAAAUGUUCAUUUGGUUUUGUUUUUAAUAACAGAGCUUAGGAAAGUAAUUCUGAGAUAGAAUUUUCUGAAGAGAUAAUUAGCAUUAUAAACCUUUCUUCUAAAAGUGAGCUGAUGACUAGCUUUAGUGAUGGCUUGAGAAGGUGAUCUAUGGUAACCAGUUUUCCACACUGUCAGAGCCAAACAACUUUUCUUUAAGUCAGACAGACUUAAGCUCUAAUUGGUCUGCUGUAUAUUUAAAUCUUAGCAGUGGAGUUAUUUGUAAUCAGUCUCUUGUCUCAGGCUCCCUACCUUGUUAUCAGUCUUAAGUAUAUAAAAGAAACAUUUGUAAAGAUGUAUAAGAGUAAGAAAACUAAUGACUAAAAAAUGCAAUUCAAAGCAAUUAAGUUUCAACUUAAUAUUAUUGAGUUGCUUGACUUCUGUGGCUUUUUUUUUUUUCCUUUCCUGGUAACAUUUAUUUAUUUAAGCGAUAUUGUAUGUUAUGUCUUCAUUUCUAUAGAGAUUGUAUUGUAUAAGUGUUUGUAUAAGCUGGAAUCAUCCUGAAAUUUCUGUUGCUAAUUUUUCAAGUGAAUUUACAUGGAUAACUGUAACAUACACUAACUCUUAGGGUGUGAUAGCUGAAACAUGGAGAUGUGUAGCUGCUGUGUUUUUUCCUGAAUGGACAGGAGAAACACUAGCUACCGAGUAUUCAUUUCUGAGGAUGCCUUUUAGGAAAAGAAAGGCUGACAGUGUUGGCCCUUCCUCAGAACCCUCUUUCUUGUUAACGGGUAUCUUUCGUUGGUGUAUUUGGUUCUUACAUUGCAGAUAGAAUAUCGUGUGUGAAUUUAUGAAUAAUUACUUUGAUUUACUUUGCUUUUGUAUAAGCCAUCUGAGACCUUGCUAAGCUGUGUAAGUUGUGUUUGAUGGAGCAGUGUGAGUCUGAAAUAAAGCAGAUCACUUUCUUCUGUAUUAUCUAUGGAUGCCACUAUGAACGCUGACAUUAAGCCACUAAAGAGUUUUCUAUGAAUAAGUGUAAGUAAAUGCUUUGAUAUAUAUAAACCUAAAUAAAAAGAUUGUAUUGAGACAGAGACAUUGGCAAAGGAAGUUUUAAGGCAGUUCUUUAGGUUUAAAAAGGCUUGCUGUAAAAUGGUGCAUUAUUCCGUUUAUUAAAGAUCAUAUUAAUGACAACAUUAA